GGCUGUUAAUAACUAUUGUUCCUCUUUUAUUCUGCAAACCACUUGCACUUUUGACUUACUGGAUUUUGAUGUUGAACUGAGCACAUCCAGGGAUGGAGAAAAACAACUCCAUGUAUGGACCAGCAGGUUACGACAUAUGUUAGAAUGUGGUCGGGCCCUUCCUGGCUGCCUGCGUGCACGUGGGACGGGCUCUCUGUGUUUAUAAAGAGGGGACUUCCCCUUCUUCUGUGUGCUUUGUGAAUAAAACUCUCAUCUCUCUACGAGAGUGUUGUUCAUUAUUGCAUCGAGAGCUCUCUCUGUCUUGGGACUUAGUAGGAUUGCCGAGCAGGUUUAUCGCUUCAUUCUCUGGUUUCUGAGGGAGAGCACUGUUCUAGGAGACCCUUCCUAACAGUCUUGGUGACCCGACGUGAUAUCCUCACCUGGUGCCUCAUGGAUCGAGUGUACGCUCUGGCCUCCUCACUCAUCCCCCGAGUCCGACUACGUCUUUAUGGCACAGACCGUGCGACAGCCCGUCUACGCGUCAUUGGAACCAUCUUAUGAUGAUGCUGUUUCUGUUUCUGUGCUGUAUAAAUCAGGCAGUAUUACAGAGAGAGACUGUGCUGAUCUGGUUUCUGCCCUGAUCCUAAACCCCUCACACCUGAGAGAGCUGGAUCUAAGUGAGAAUAAGCUACAUGUGUCAGGAGUGCAGAAGCUUUGCCAGCUACUUGUGAAUCCUUGCUGUAAACUGGAGAAACUGAUGCUCAACAAAUGUGAUCUAACAGAGAAAAGCUGUGAACAUCUGGCCAAAGUUCUCAGUUCAAAGGAUUCCAAACUGACUGAGUUGGACCUCAGUAACAAUCACCUAGGGGAUCCAGGAGUGAAGGAACUCUCAACUGCACUGAAGAAUUCACACUGUAAACUGGAAACCCUGAGGCUUUCAGAGUGUCGUGUAGGCGAGGAAGGAUAUGCUGCUCUGGCUUCAGAUCUGAAAUCAAAUAACUCAUCAGUCCUGAAAGAGCUGGAUCUCAGAGGGAAUGAUCCUGGAGAUAAAGGAGUGGAGCUGAUCAGAAGCACAUCUUCAAAAUAUAAGUCAAGGAAAAUAAGGCUGUUGAAAAACGAUGCUGCAGAUGAAGCCCAUGACACUCUGACCAAAACUUUUGGAAAAGAUCCUUUACUGCUGUCUGAGAUGGAUCUAAAGACGUAUGAACCAAGGCAUGCAGGAGUAGAGCAGAUCUGUGGAGUACUGGAGGAUUCACACUGCAGAUUGAAGACCCUUAAGCUGUAUAAAUCAGGCAGUAUUACAGAGAAAGACUGUGCUGCUCUGGUUUCUGCCCUGAUCGUAAACCCCUCACACCUGAGAGAGCUGGAUCUGAACAAGAAUACAUUGGAUAAGUUAGGAGUGCAGAAGCUCUGCAAUCUACUGAAGAAUCCUCACUGUAAAUUGGAGAAACUGACGCUAAAUAAGAACAAUGUCACAAGCAAAGACUGUGCUGAUCUGGCAUCAGCUCUUUCUUCAAGUCUUUCACACCUAAGAGAGCUGGAUCUGAGUGAAAAUGAAAUUCAAGAUUCAGGAUUGAUGCAUUUUUGUGCUGUACUGAAGACUCAGGAGUGUAAACUAGAAAAACUACUGUUAAUGAGCUGUGGUAUAAAAGAGGAAGGCUGUGCUGCUCUGGUUGCAGCUCUGAAAUCAAACUCCUCACAUUUGAAAGUUCUGGACCUGCGUGAAAACAGUCUAGGAAAUUCAGUGAAUGACUUUCCUGAAGUGCUGAAGGAUUCAGGAUGCAAGAUACAAUUGGAUGGCACUUUAAAGAAAUUUAUUAAAGGUAUUAGUGCGCCAUUUUCUUGGUUCAUUGGAGGGAAGAACAAAGCAGAAGAUGGUACAGAUGGCCCACAAACAACACCGAGUGGAGUGGAUGAGGAGAGCGGCAAGUACGGGGAAAGACCGGUACCAGCGUCGAGCGGCGUGUACGGGGAAAGACCGGCAGCAGCGUCGAGCGGCUUGAACGCGGAAAGACCGGAACCAGCGUCGAGCGGCUUGAACGCGGAAAGACCGGCACCAGCGUCGAGCGGCUUGAACGCGGAAAGACCGGAACCAGCGUCGAGCGGCUUGAACACGGAAAGACCAGAACCAGCGUCGGGCGGCGUGUACGGGGAAAGACCGGCAGCAGUGUCGAGCGGCGAGUACGGGGAAAGACCGGCGCCAGCGUCGGGUGGAGCUGACAUGUCUAAAGAAGCCAGAACUACACGUAGCCUAGCAGGGCAGCCUUCAGGGAAGGGGGGUAACUGUGGUACAGGGGUGCAGGGCACCAAGAAUUUCAGCAACAGGUCUCACAAAAGAUCCAAUCAAAUCUCCUCCAAAAACAUACAGAACAAAUAAAUUAAUGAGUGAAAUUAAUAAAACAAAAUUUUGAUAAAUGAAUCACAUAUUCCACUCAUAUGGGGUGGGGGAAAAACUCGAUUCUUAGGUGCAUCGUGAAACAUUCUGAACCGAUUCACAAAUGUCAAAAAUCACUUUUCGUCACUUCACUUUUGAUGGAAUCACUUGACGGAACGUAAAGGUCGGAACUUGGAAGUGCGGAAGUGCAGUGCCCAGACUGUCUGUGGUGGCACAUACAGGAACACCAGCGGAUGAGUGAGAAAUCCAACUUUGUGUUAAAGCCAGAUUAGAUCAGGCAUCAAAGCCCAAAUGUUAAGAAGAGACAUUUUGUCCUUUCAACAAAGUCAAACGACCUUGAGAGCCACAACAUUUGAUGCACAGUAUGUCUGGGUGUGAGCUGCUGUCCUAGCAGAGGCUAAAAAAUAUGAACGGAACCACAGUGAUACAUAUUCUUCUACUUAAAUAAAUAAAAUGUUUUAACUUCUC